AUGAUGACGAAAGAAAACUAAACUAAGAAGCUAAAUAUAAAAAUGUUAUUUUAUGAAAGAAUACUUUAGUUAUAUUAUUUAUCAAGUUUCAAGGAGUAUUAACAAUUUAUCAUUCUAACAUUGGGAGAAAUUCAAUAUCUAACAUUUCUAUGGGUCCCUAAUUAUCAGUCUGUAUAAAUUGGAUUUUAUGACACAUCUAUAAAUUAUUAAGCUUUUGCUAUUUAUUUUACUAGGAUUGAUUAGUUGAUUUACUUUUAAUUUGGCAAAUCUUAAUCAUUUUAUUUACUUGUUCUAAUAACUUAAAUACUUUUUUUCUUUAUACCCAUUUUCUUAUUAAUUGCUUUAAAACAUAAGCAACAAAACUUUUAAUCGACACUAUUUAAAUUAUACUUUAUCUUUAGUUCCUUAUUUUCCUAAAUAUUUUUAAUUAUUACUAUUGUUCCUUAUUUAAUAUUUUGUGUGGACUCUUUUUUAAUGAUAGUUGCAACCCAAAAUUUAGUAAGUUAUAUUCAAAUCUUUUUUAUUAGUUUAUCUUUAAUACUAAUUGUAUUUAUUACAUUAUUUAUACAUAUUUUAUGUAAAGAAACUAUAGAUUUAAAAAAAGAUAGAUUUUAAAAACUAAAUUAAACAUUUUUAGAUUACAUAUACUUACUUCUUUAAGUCUUAUAAGUAAUAGUUUAUGGCACUAUUAUUUAAUAACAUAAUGCUUUAAUAUUGCAAUGUAUCUUAACUAUGACUAUUUCUUUAAUCAAAAUAUUUCAGAUUUAUUAAUUCUAAUACACAAAUAAUUUAAUAAUAAAUCUUAGUUUAAUUAUAUCUUCGUAUGGAUUUAUUUAAUCAAUUGUUCAACUUAUUAAUGUAACAAAUGGUAGACAGUACACUGAAUAAACAAAUUCAAUUAUUAUUUUAUUAUUUAUAGCUUUUUCUAAAAUCUUAAUAGAAAUUUUCACAUUUCAAGAAAAUUCUCUUUGUAAUAAAAUAAUGUCUUUAAAACAACAAUUUGCAUUGAAGUAUUUCUUUACUAAAUUGAUAAAUGAUCAUUUUAAUGAGAAUCAAAAGAAAAUUCUCAAUGGUGUAAUAAUUAGUGGAUUAUCAAAAUUAUAAGAAUAAGUUGUUGAUGAAACAUAUUUCGAGAAUAAUGAUAAUAAUUUUCUUUCUCCUCAUAAUAUGGAUUAAUUCGUGAUUAAAAAAUUAAAAUAAUAUGCAAAAAUUGUUUAAAAAAAUAAAGGAUAUGAUUUGCAUUAUAUUGCCAUACUUUAUAAAUAUGGUUUAACGAAUUUAGCCUUAAAUUAAGUAAAUAGUUUAUUAAAUACUUUGUUUAAUAAAUCAAAGAGUAAAGGAUUUAUGAUUGAUAGUGAAAUAUAUAGCAAAGGAUAAGAUAGUUCAAGUAGAUAAAUACAACAUCAAUCUAUCUCAAGCAAAUCAAUGAAAUCAAAUUCAGAUGAUAUAAAUGAUUAAGCUAAAAAAAAUACAUCAUAACGUAGUAAACUAAUUAUAUAGGGAAAGCAUCAACUUUCAUAAAUUGAAAUUACUCGUGCUUUGUUAUUAAAAAAUCAAAUUAAAACAGAAAUAUAAUUGAGGUUUUAUGAAAAAAAUAAAUCUAAAAAUUAAAUUAAUGAUGUCCAACUUGGUGUUGAAUUAUUUUUAAAAAAUGAAAAACGUAAUUAAAGUCUUAAGAAUACUAUAUUGAUUUUAAUAAAUGAGAAAAUAAAAUUCUUAUCUCAAUUUACAAACAAAAAAAUUCUUGAUUCUAGUAAAAUUUUCGAUUCAGCUAAAGUUAUAAGCAAUCAACAAAUGAAAGUGGAAAAUAAGAUUUUUCAAAGAUAUUAAUAGUUUCCAAGUAGAAGAUAUUAAUCAGUUUUAAUGUUCUAUCAAGCAGAAAUUUUAAAUAAUUAUUUUGAAGCAUAUAAAUUUAAGACUUUAACAUCUAUGCCUGAUGAAUAAUUAAUAAAUAUGGAUUCUAAUAUCAAAUCUACAUUUUUUACAAAAAAGGUUGUAUUUUUAAACAUUUCAUUAGAAGAUAAUUAAACAUUAUCUGUAUAACGAAAAUCAGAAAAUGCUUUGAAGUUUUUUUAAAUACAUCCUGAUGAUGCUAAAUAUUUUACACAUAUUGAAUUUAUAUUACCAAUAGGCAUAUAAAAUGAACAUAAUUUGUUAGUUUAAAGAUUUAUAUAAACAAGUAAAUCAAAAUUUUACCUAAAUUCUAAUUAAACAUUUUUUAGAUACAAAAAUAUUUUGAUGAAAUCUUGUUAAUUCAUAUUUGAUAUUCAUUUUGACAGUGGGAGUCAUUAUAAAUUCUCUGCUUUCUUUUCUGAAAGUGUUAAUUAAUCAGCCUAUAUUUUAGUUGAUAUAAACAAUUAAAUAGGAGGAAUAACAGAAAGUUUUUUUGAGAAAAUAGGAUUUAAUGAGAAACACAUAUCUUUAAUAAACUCAAUUGAAAACUUUUAUUUAUAAAUAGAGUAAAUACUUCCAAAUUUUAAAAAGUUAACUGAUCAAAAGAUAUAGAGUGCUAUAACUGAAUUAAGAUUUGUUAAGGAAGUAUUUUUAAAUAAGGAAGAGUAUGAAAGAAAGUAAACACGAUAAUAAUCAUUGACAUCAACAAAUUGGUCUUAAUUAGAUAAGUUAUAUAUUUUUGAUGCAGAAUUAAUAAUAUCAUAUUUUGAAAUAUAUGGAUAUAAUUAUUAUAUAAUAGAAAUAAAAGAUUUAAAAUAAUAAUUUAAUUCGAAAAAAUCUAUUGGAUAAUCAAGUAGAUAUAAAAGACAUGAAGGUUUAGAACAUUUUUUUGAAUUAUCAGCAUUAUCUGAAAAUGAGGCUAUAGCAAAUUCUCCAAAAGCAUUCAAAGCAGUUAAUUCAAUAAAAGUGAAUGAAGAAAUGAUGAAUUCAAGUGAUGAAGUAGAACAAUUAUAAAAUUAAUUUAGUAAACCUGAAUAGAAAUUAUAGCCAGAUUUUAUUUCAUUUCAAGAACCAAAUAUUUUAAGUCCUAAUGUAAGUAAUACACCAUGGUAAGACUCUUCCUAAAUUCCAUUACAAUUUAAUAAAUAAUCAUUUAACUAAUAAGACUAUUUUAAUAAAUAAAAAGAUAUAUCAAUAUCAGUUAAUGAAUCAAAAGUAAUCAAUUAAGAUGAAUUAGAAGAAGAAGAGAUUGACAAAAGGGCAAGUAGGAAAAAUGUAGAAGAAGAUAUCUUAAAAAGAAAAAAACUAGGAUAAGGUGAAGAAGAAUCUUCAUCAAAUAAUGCAUUGAAAGGAAUUAAAAAAUCACUGUUUUAUAAAAAAUAUGAAAUGAUUCUUUAACUUGUAGAACCAAUAUAUCCAAAUACUUUAAAGUUGUUUGUGUUUUUUUAAGAAUUAACUUAUUUUUUAUCAUUAACCUAUUUUCUAAUUAUUUUAAUUGGUAUUUAGAAUGAUUUAACAAGAUUUAUAGGAGAAAUCGAUAUGAUACAAUUACAUGCAGGUGUAAUGAAUCCUCAUGACUUAUAUUUGUAAAUGAGAUAAACAAUUUUUACUUAUUAAGGAUUUUUGGGUGCAGGAAAACUGACUUAAGAUCAAUAUUAAUAAUUAACUGAUCCAUUGUAUUAGAAUAUAGCUAUUGGAUAUUUUGAAUUUAAGGAUGGAUUUAUAUAUUGGUUAAAUAAUGAUUAUUUAACACCAUUUUUUAAAGAUAAAAAUAUAACUGCUUAUUAUAUGCUAUAUGAUGCUACAUAAACAUAUCCAAUAGUAUAAAAUAUUCGAGAAGCAUUAAUGGCUACUUUAUCAUAUUAUUAUUAAUUUAAAUUAAGAUUUGAAGCUCGCAUGAGUCCUGCUAAUUAAACCUAUCAAAUAUAUUAAUUUGCAAAUGUUUACAAUUUUCAUUUUUGGCUUGAAGAUUUGACUUUAGAAGUGUUAGAAUAUUCCAAAAAUAGAAGUAUUGAAACUAAUGAUAAAUGGAAUGUUAUUUGGAUUAUUUAUUUAUUUAUAGGAGUCUGCCCUCUGUUGAUAAGUAUCUUCUACUAUCGAUUAUAUCGAUCGAAAUUUGAUAAAUACACUAAUCUUUUUAGAUAUUGUUCUUCUUAUAAAAUGGAUCUUGAAAUAGAAAAGUUAAAAUCUAUAGUGAAGGUUGUUAAUAAGAAUUCAGAAACACUAUUUAAUUAUUAAUUUUCAUUAGAAAUUAAAGAAGAAAAUAUUUAAAAAGAGAAAUAGAAAAAUAAUCAUGAUCAACUCAAAUCAAAAGAUAUAAAACUAUAAUAAUAAUUGAAAAAUUUAUCUUUUUUCUCAGGUUUUUUCUUCACCGCAUUUGGAUGGUUAAUAUUUUUAGGAUUAAGUAUAGUAGCAAAUAUAUAAAUAGGAAACUAUUUGAACAAAUAUAUAGCUACUGCUGAUACAUAUAAAUUAUUAUAAGAUAUGACAUUGUAUGCAGGAACUCUAUUUAGAAAUAGAGAUUUUGGUCUUAAUUUUCCUAAUUUACCUUAUUUAAGAGAUUAUGAUAAAGAGAAAUUCUAUGUAACAAUGAAUACAGGUUUAGAUACUAUAAACUAAUUUUUAGAGUUUUCUUACUCUUUUGAAGCUGAAAAAUAUUAAGUAUCUUAAGAUUUUUUGGAUUUUUUUCUUUAAAUUUAAAUAAAUAAUGUUUGUACAAGUAUUGGGGAUGAUAUUUUAGGAUUUCUAACACAAUAUUGUGAAAAAUCUCUUUAAGGGUCUUUGACAUAAGGAUUAACUUAGACUUUAAAAUUCAUAUAUUCAACUAUAACAGUUUAGAUGGCUAUAAACAAUUUUACGAAGAGAAUAGAAUAUAAUUGGUAUGAGAAUGAAGGUGGAUUAAUAGUAAUGAGAGCAGCAUAAAUUAUGAGUAAAUAAUUUAAAGCUGGAAUGGUUAAUGUUACAAAUAAUUAGAUUUAAGUUUCAAAUGUAAAUAAUAAAUCUUAAAUAUUUUUUAGAGUAUUUCAAUCAUUUAUUUGAUUUAUUCCAUCCUUAUAAUGAUAUAUUUGGUAUUUUAUUUAUUACCAAAAUUGUAAAAAGAGCUGCUUUUAGUUCGUAGGUUUAUUUUACUGAUUCCAACAUCAGUAUUAUUCUUGGAUGAUUAAUUUGAUCGUCAUGUCAGAAUAAUUAUAGCUGGCUAAGAGUAUUGA